AGCCGGUCCACUCCACGGAUGCCAUGAUUUCAGCACAGCGACAUGUACAGGGGGCGGAAAGGCCACCGAGCAAAGCAGCUUCCCCUUCUGGACCGCCCAUCCGUUCCUUCCUCCUUUCGCUCUCCACACUGCACUUCUGGCAGCCCCCCCACUCUGGUUCCUUGCAGCCGCCUCGCCCCGAACCGAUCCCCAAUUUUCGCGGCGCGCAGAGAUCUUUCUUCGCCCUAGAUGGUAGAACAAUGAUUAUGAGGAUUUGGUAUGUAAGUUGGAACAAAAAGUUCUCAUGAGCAUGGAGGUGCUGCAUGAUACGACAGGAAAGAAGGAAGCAGUUGUGUAUUAUAUGAAUGCCCCUGUACCAUAUGCGAUUGAAGAGAAUUUUGGGGGAUGCUUCUUUGAAGAUGAUGAUGACCUUGCACUAGUUCUUCAAGAGCAGGAAAUAGUACAUCGAUUAAUCGAAGGAAAUGAUGGCAGUGGUUCGUCUAGGACUCGUUCAGAUCCCAGUUCUAGUCGUGGCCAUCAACGGACAUUGGAUGGACGGAAAUUAACAGGAAGUGCAAAUUAUGCGUCACAGCUAGCUGUUGAUGAAGCUUUGGCUAGAGAGUUGCAAGCGAUAGAGGACCAAAUUGCUGAGACAUCAAUUGAUGACAAUAUCUUCAAAGGAAGAAAGCCAGCAAGUUCUUCAACAUCAAACAAUGCCAGUACUUCUUCAAGCAGAUGUCCUCAGGUAGCAACGGAGGAUGGCGUCGAUCCUGAUAAUAUGACUUAUGAGGAACUGCAACAAUUAGGGGAAACUAUUGGGACCGAAAGCAAAGGGUUGCCAGACGAUAUGAUCAUGCUCCUUAAAUCUUCAACAUACAAAAUUAGGAUAUUCUCAAGAAAGGAAAAACAUGAUGAGUGUGUCAUAUGUUGUAUGGCUUACAAGAACCGAGAUAAGCUGACUACAUUGCCCUGUGAGCAUCAGUACCAUCAAAUUUGUGUAACGAAAUGGCUGAAGAUCAAUAAGGUAUGCCCUGUUUGCAAUAAGGAGGUUUUUGGGUCAUGAAAGUGAAGAUUGCAGAUUUACCUGAUGGCUAGUGUCAACAUGCGUAAGAAGUCCUGUCGUCACUUAGGUUGUCCAUCUCUUUAUUAGCAUGCAGCCUGGUGUCGAAAAGGCAAUGCACCAUAUUCGUUAGUUAUAUUGAGAUCAAUAAGAGGCAAUAUAAACAAGAUAGUUUAUCUUAAGCUCUGAAUCUAGCUGUUAUGCGACUUCUAGUCGCGGGGGAUUCCCGCAGGUUUCGGAUCUGGUCCCUCGCAGAGUCGCUGUACCGUAGUACCAUAUGUAGAUUAUUGUAUGCUGGUGAUUAGAUCAGAUUGCUAGGUUCUGACUUGUUAAGCAAACCAGAUGGAACUAUAUCGUCCGUUCAGCUAGAAAUUAACUCUUGAUCUUCUUUGCUAAUGGUCAGGGUCAGCCCGUGAUCAUGAAGCAAAAACUAUCUUAUGGAUUUGUUGAAUCAUGAACGAAGCAGAACCC